AUGCCUGCAGACUUCAAUGGAAGGUGGAUACUGGAGACCAGUGAGAAGUUUGAGGAUUAUCUGAAAGUCUUGAGUAAGAAACUUUUAAUUUCAGUCAGAGCUCUUCUAAUUAUGUCUUCAAGGAGUGUGAAGGGGGUUGUGACGACUCGGGGGACCAUUGCAAGAAUAAGAAUCAUCCAAUUUCAUGCCCAUUAAUUAUUUUUUCUGACCCUGUGUUACUGUGCGAUCCUAUCGGGAGCUAAUGCAAAUACAUUUUACUUGAGAUAUCUUAAAACUAUUUUUUAAAGCUCCACCGUCUUGUUUUCAACUGACUCCGAAUUUUCCUACACUUUUGAAAUUUUCAUGCACUCUUGACUUUAUAAUUUUUUACUGUAGAUGUAAAGCUAGAUUACAUUUGCAGGGUUAAACCUAACGAUAAAGUUGAAAGUGAUCCAAACUUUUAAUGCAGCCUUGUUUAUUAUUAAAUAUACUUAGUUUGUGUUUGAUAAACUGGAUAUUCUUAAAAAGAAACACGUUCAAAACCUUUUUUUUCUGUUCUGGCUCCAGAUAUUGACUUUGCCACUAGAAAAAUUGCCAUCUCCCUGUCUCAGACCAAAGUAGUUGCUCAAGAUGGAGACAAGUUUGACUUCAAAACGCUGAGCACCCUGAGGAACUACGAGCAUUCCUUCACCGUCGGGGUCGAGUUUGACGAAUACACCAAGGGGCUGGACAACAGAAAUGUCAAGGUGGGUUUACCCCACACUCACAGGUGGUGAGGGUCCAUGAUAGUUUUAGUUAUCAGAUGAGUUAAUAUUUCUCUUUUUUUCUAGCUGCUGCUGAUAAUGAGGCUGCUGAUAAUCAGGCUGCUGUUAUCUCAGCGUGCCAGGGGCAAAGAUUGGUCUGUGGUCUCUGUGGGCAGAAAUCUACAGUGGUGGGCUGAUAAAAAGACAUGAAGCUCAGAGGACACACUGUUAUAGAUGUCACAGUGAAUGCUAUCCGAUUUAGGACUUUUGAAUGAAAAAGCCAGGUCUAAUUGGUGUGUUUGCAUCUUAGCGCCAUAUAGCGUUUGUACAUUUUUGUUUCAUGAAAUGAUUUUGAUUUGUGUUACCUGAAGACAUUAAACACAUGUCAUUACUAAGUCAUAUGGAAUAUAGGACAAAUGGAGGAGACAGUUAAACUGACUUAUUAUUAAGAAGAAAGAGGCUGCUGAGGCUUAACUACAGUGUACCAGAUCGGACAAAAUGGCAUACACAUGAAAAAUCAUUCGUCAUUUUUGGAUUAUAUCUUUUUAAAGUUUGAUCUUUGGCUUUUGCAUGUAUUGAAUGGAGCAGGAAACCAGGACAGAGAGCAGGGAAUGACAUGAGGUAAAGGGUUGCAGGUUAAAAUCGAAACCUGAGCCACCCACUGAGUGGACCACAGUCUCUACACAUAAGCACCUGCCUCAACAACCACACCAGACCAGUCCCUCUAACAUUGGUUCUGGAAUGAAUUAUAGUUAACACUGACAACUUUGGCAAUAAUGAAAGGUCUUGUGAGGAGGUUUUAGUUGAUACUGAGAAAGACUUAAAGUGAGAUGACAUAAUAACAUUUUGUCACAUUUUCUAUGGCAAAGAAGUGUUGGGAGAUAGAGUUAAACAAGGCAGGGUGAGAUUUUUUUUUUUUGUCAAGAAACACAGCUUACACCUAAACAGGAUCAAAUCAGCAAAGAGACAAAAGGUACAGGAUUGAUCCCUGGGGCACCAAAAUUGGCACAAAUCAAAAAGUCUGCAGGAGCUUGGAAUCGUACAAUUGAAAUACAGGUGAAAAUAAACCCUGGGAGCUGUGUUGUCCGGGAAGAGGGGAAAGAUCAGAGCAAUUAGAACUGAUAACUGAGAGAUUUGAGAGUGGUGCCACCUCGCCUGGCAUAAGGACACCAGGGCAACCCUCUGAAUUAUAUAAUGAAUUUACCUUUUACUCUAUGUCGUCUGGUAGAGUUUGGUGACCUGGGAGGGGGACAAACUGGUGUGUACUCAGGAGGGAGAGAAGUCCAACCGUGGCUGGAAACACUGGAUUGAAGGAAGCAAACUCUACCUGGUGAGAUUAUUGUACCUACCUUGAAAGUAAGACUUUUUUUUCUAAUUAUUCCUCUUCUACGUCAUGAUAACAGAUUUAUUUUUCCUUCCAGGAGCUGACGUGUGAAGAUGUAGUUUGUCUUCAAGUAUUCAAGAGAAAAGAGUGAAUGGUUAAACCUCUGUCCCUGUUUUUUAGGUCUUUGUUUGCCCCCUGUUGACAUGUUUUCCCUCCUCUGUAUAUCAAAUGAAUAAAGGUGCUUUUCAGAUAAUGUAUGGUGUUGAGUUUGUGUAGAGACAAAUUUGCAACAAUAAUGAAUAAACUUUUAGUUUAACACAGUUUUAACAAAACAAUUAACUUACAAUGUAAGUAGUUUCACUUCAAAUUAUGUCAGCCACAUUGAAUUUAUUUGCAUAUUUUAGUACGCAAUGGCUGUCACCAUCUGAUGGAAAUAUAUGAUGCUUAAUAGGGAAGUUUUCAUAUUAAAUGGGAAUAAACUAAAUCGAAAAAAAUAUACUCAGGUUAUCAUCUGUAUACUUAUCAUCCAAAGAAAAAUAGAAAAUAUGUAGAGUAGAGGGUAGGGGAAGACAUGCAGUGAAUGGUCGUGGCUGGGAAUUGAACCAGUGGCCGCUGCAAGGAGGACUGUUGCCUCUGUAUAUGGGGGUGUAAGUGUACCUGCAGUGCCCAUGGGUCCCACCCAAUCUGUAGUCCCAGGAUGAGCAACACAUACUGAACAAAAAUCAAGAAUUAUGAGAGAGAGAGAGAGAGAGAGAGAGAGAGAGAGAGAGAGAGAGAGACACGUGGUUUGCUUACAUCUUGACAUCAUGGAUUGAUGACUCUCCUUUAAUAAGCAUAAUAAACUUUAUUAUGAAAAUGAAAUACAUUUAAAAAUCUUCCAGGUCAGAUUUACUGUGCAGGUUAAAAAAUGCAAUUUUCUGGAAAAAAUGGGGGGAAGCAAGUCCAGCAGGUGGCACCACACAAAGAUCAAGGAGGAGAAAGUUUGCUGGUUCUCCUGAAGGGGAUGAGACUGCGAGGUGCAUGGCGGAGAGGAAGAGAGGAGGUGACCACAAAAAAGUUCAGCAAAUGCGAAACAUCACUUUUAAUAAAUACCUGAUAGAUUUAGCAAGAUUAAAAUAAAUCUGAAAAUCUUUCUUGGUGCUACAUGAGUGAAAUAGCCAUGUUCAGUACUACUUAUUAUCCUCUGUUGAGUCUGGAUAAGACAUGGAGGAACCACUAUAAGCAUUAUUUUCCAUUACAUUGUAAAUAUACUACUGGCUACAAAAUUAAACUCAGUGUUGUUUAAUGUAAAUGUUAUCUAGGUGUUGUUAAUGAAAAAUGAUUAAAAAUAAAGGACAAAAAACAAUGUAGUAAUGAUGAGAGUGAUUUAUUAUUAAGUGAUAAAAUAAUUCCACAUGCCUAUAAAAUUAAUUAACAUUUUCAAAUCACAUUCAUUUCCUAACAUUUUUAAAUCGACCAUUAACAUAGAUUUUCUGAAAUUGUUAUUUUAUAUUUUCAAAUGUCUGAUGAGUAUAAGAAAGCGGAAAAAGACUGAAAACUCCAUCCUGCAGCUGAUUGACCCUGAAUAACAUUUCGGUCAGCUCGUGUCACGUCACCACUUUUGCAGCGUAGUUCUCGCGAGAUCGAGUUUCAGGAACUUCCACGUCAGUAUCAUCUAGUGCUCUUGUUCACUGUAAUCGCAACAUCCCGUCUGCUACUGUUCACAACACAUUUAAAGGAUCUUGUUGGGACAACACGGGGAUUAAACAUGGUAAGAAGCAUUUAAAACACUUACUUGCAUAUUUCAUUUACCUUUAUCUGAUCGAGAAAUCCUCUUUAGCGGCCUUUAAACAGAGGAAAUGAAUGAUGUAUCCUUGGGGAUAGCUUAGCGGCUAACCAGCUUCAGCUCGCUUAGGAGCUUGUAGCUAACUGAUAUUGAUACUUGUAAUACUGACUGUAAAUACCCUUCAUGUGUGUUCAUAUUUGCUUUCAGUUAGUUGUCAAAUUGUAUAUGAGGAGAUUUAAUGUAUCAGAAUCCAUGGGAUAUACGUGGCUAAGCGUUAGCAUGUCAGUCAUAACUGCUCCCGGUUUUACAUUGGUUAAAAUGACGUUUCGCCAUCAUUCAUUGUACUCUUAAAAUCACUUAUAGUAAAGGUUUAAACAAAGUAAAGCUGAGAUCUAUGUUGUUUCUUUAGCCUCUGAGGCUGGAUAUCAAGCGGAGGCUGACAGCCAGGUCAGACCGAGUCAAGAGUGUGGACCUUCACCCGACUGAGCCAUGGAUGCUCGCCAGUCUCUACAACGGCAGUGUCUGUGUGUGGAACCACGAAACACAGGUACGAUCCGAGUCAAAGAAGCCCACCUGUACAAAUUACACCCACACAGUACUGAAGGACUGCUCAGUUUGAAGUGUGUUAAUCCUCAAUGAAAGAUGUGUGACAUACAUUAGAGAAGUUAUGAUGUUUGAUACACUUAUUAAGUCAAUAAUCUUCUUUUUGUAGACUCUUGUGAAGACCUUUGAAGUGUGUGAUCUCCCUGUAAGAGCCUCAAAGUUCGUGGCGAGGAAGAACUGGGUCAUCACUGGCGCUGUGAGUUAUUUUGAUGGGAUCACAACUGUGACAGCUGUUUCCAUUACGUCUGCAGUUUCAUGUUUCAUAUUGUAUAGGACUGUGUGGACUUCAGUGCUUUAAUGUUGUAUUUAUCAAGAGCAGUGUGAAGUCACACUUUUUUUCUUUCACAUUAGCAGCAUUUCCACCUAAUGGUUGAAUUUGCAGUAUCAAUUGAUCAGUGAAGUUGUGCACCCUGAUUCAUUUUGACUCUUUAUGUACAUGUUUAUUUACAUCUAUGGAUCCUUUUGGGUGUUAUUCAGGUGUUAAGGGUUCGUUUUAUCAGGAUACAAUCUUGUCAAAACAGGUACUUAACAAGAUAGGCGCAAAAGAAAAGGGGGUUGGGAUGAUGAAAUAUUAUGUGUAACCUGAUGUUAAUGUUAUUUUAUAAUUAACAUCACUGACUUGCGGCUAAUGUUUUUCAUAAGAACUAUUUUUUUUUUUGCAAUGAAAGUUUGCUGCAGGCUCACAUAAGGUGCCAUACAGUUGCCGUCUUUGCCAAAUAACUGUCCUGGACACAACUUCAAAAUAAAGCAUUGUUGUGUGAGGGGGAAAAAAAGGGGGGGGGUCUCCACAGGAAAAAAAAAAACUAGACAGAUCAGGCCCUUGAUUUGAAAGCAUCCCAGUAGUGUUUUCAUACUAGAUUUUCAUGUUUUUUUUUUUUAACAUAUAUAUAGCUGAUACAAAGCCAAUACAAACCUCAGCUGAUCAUUUUUCUCUGGAUUUUAAUUGAGAUCUACCUACUCUUUCUAAUUUGGGGGGUUACAAAACAUAUGAGACUCACUGCUCACAUCUGCAAAAUGAAUGGUUGGAAUAUUAAAAUACAUGCUGAAAUGAAAAGCCACUCCAGAUCUGUCACACAGCCAACAAGCUUUCUGAACCUGAGAGUACAGUUGGCUAUGAAAACAUGAGCAAGAUCAGAGUUAACUAUAUCAACUUCACUGAACCAAACCAGACCACUUUGAAACACAACGAUUUAGGCAUCUAUCCUGAUUGCAUAGUUGUGUGUUAGCUUGUAUGAUUUUUGUAAUUAUUAUGAAUUCUCUGUCAAUUUUUUUGCAUUACAAACGUCUGUUCAGCUGAUACUUUAACAUUUAAUUCUCCCUGCUUAGGAUGACAUGCAGAUCCGUGUGUUCAACUACAACACCUUGGAGCGGGUCCACAUGUUUGAGGCCCACUCUGACUACAUCCGCUGCAUUGCUGUCCAUCCAACCCAGCCCUACAUCCUCACCAGCAGUGGUACGCUAGGAAAACUCAUGAUAUUUUCAUUGAUAUCACACUCCACUCCACUAAUCUUUAAAACCACAACAGUCUUCUCAGAUGCAAACACAUUAUUGCUCAUUCAAAUGCAUGAAUCAAAUCUGUUUUGUGUGCAGAUGACAUGUUGAUCAAGCUGUGGGACUGGGAGAAGAAGUGGUCGUGCAGCCAGGUGUUUGAGGGUCACACUCACUAUGUCAUGCAGAUUGUCAUUAACCCCAAGGACAACAACCAGUUUGCAAGCGCUUCACUGGACAGAACAAUAAAGGUACAAAAUGUUUUACUGCAAGAAGGCAGACACUGUUGACACCUAAAUCUUACAACAGAACUGAAGCUCCUUUAGUAUCCAAAGAUUAAACUCACUCUGAUUCUACAAACGUUUCAAGUUAAAUGUCUUAUAAGUGCAUCUGUCAUGUUCUCUGUGUUGUUCCAGGUUUGGCAGCUUGGCUCUUCGUCCCCUAAUUUCACUUUGGAGGGUCAUGAGAAAGGAGUCAAUUGCAUCGACUACUACAGUGGAGGUGACAAGCCCUACCUCAUUUCAGGGGCUGAUGACCGCCAAGUCAAGAUCUGGGAUUACCAGGUAAGGAAACUCAAUAAUAUUCUACAUUUGCUUUUAUUUAAAGCCAAUAAGGCCUCUAAAAGAAAUUAAGGUUUAAAAAGAGAGUAUUAGUGUCAAUAUGUAAGACUUUAAUCUGCUACAUUCAUUCCGUCAGCACCCGUUAGCUUUAUUUAUGAAUGUUGGGAUAUCUUUCUCUGUGUGCUGUAGAACAAGACCUGUGUGCAGACUCUGGAGGGCCAUGCCCAGAAUGUCUCUUGUGUCAGCUUCCAUCCUGAGCUGCCCAUCAUCAUCACUGGAUCAGAGGAUGGUGAGUAUGAAACCGACUCACUUUUUCCUCUUUACAGCCCCCCUCUCAGAAUUAAUCAAAUCUUUUUAUGUUUCCUCCUCUGCCUAAAGGUACGGUGCGUAUCUGGCACUCAAGCACUUACCGCCUGGAGAGCACCCUGAACUACGGCAUGGAGAGGGUGUGGUGUGUGUGUGGUCUCAGGGGUUCCAACAAUGUGGCACUGGGUUACGAUGAAGGCAGCAUCAUCAUCAAGGUGUGCAAAAGAUAGUUUGUGUAAAAAGUGGCUGACAAAGAAUAUAUUUCUCCAAAACCUCAAUGAUCAAUACAAUGUUACAUCAAAUACCUCAUUUUAAAAAUUCAGGUGGGUCGAGAGGAACCAGCCAUGUCUAUGGACACAAACGGAAAGAUCAUCUGGGCUAAACACAGUGAAAUACAGCAAGCCAACCUAAAGGCAAUGGGUGAUGCUGAGAUCAAGGAUGGAGAGAGGCUGCCAUUGGCUGUUAAAGACAUGGGCAGCUGUGAGAUUUACCCCCAAACUAUCCAGCAUAACCCCAAUGGACGGUAGGAAUACCCUCGCCUAAGGCCUUUUAAUGAACUUACAUAAAGAUCUUUGUCAAAGCAGCUUUCUCACUCCUCUUUAAUGUGGCAGGUUUGUUGUGGUGUGUGGGGAUGGAGAGUACAUCAUCUAUACUGCCAUGGCUUUGAGGAACAAGAGCUUUGGCUCUGCGCAGGAGUUUGUCUGGGCACAUGACUCAUCAGAGUAAGUGUGUUUUUAAAUAUUUCAUCUUCAUUAUAGGUGAGAUACUUCUCUACUUUACUGACCUGCUAUUCUAAUUUUAUUUUUCAAACAGGUACGCCAUCAGAGAAAGCAACAGCAUCGUCAAAAUCUUCAAAAAUUUCAAAGAAAAGAAAUCUUUCAAGCCUGACUUUGGAGCUGAAGGUAAUAUAGAUGUCGCUUUGCUGCAGACUGGAAGUCUGAAGACAAACUCUGACUGUGCACUUGACUGGAUCUUAUCUCAUUUCUCCCGCAGGGAUCUAUGGAGGUUUCCUGCUCGGGGUGAGGUCAGUGAAUGGCCUGGCAUUUUAUGACUGGGAGAACACAGAGCUGAUCCGUCGCAUUGAGAUCCAGCCAAAACACGUAAGACAUCAGAUAAAUGCAGUGUGUAGAUAUUUCUCAGAUGACAUAUAUUAAUCUUUUGUGCAUAUUUUCAUUUUUGUGUAUCUUUCUGUGACUAUGUAACUAAAAGCAGUUCUUUGCUUGUUGAAGUUGUAAAAGCUCUGCAUGACAAUGUUUGAUUUAAAGUCAACCAGAGGCACUUCUAGUGAAACCUCAUUUUACCUCUCUGUGUCCAGAUCUUCUGGUCAGACUCUGGCGAACUGGUGUGCAUCGCUACAGAGGAGUCCUUUUUCAUUCUGCGUUACAUGGCAGAUAAAGUCACUGCCUCUCAAGAAAACAAUGAAGGAGUGACCGAGGAUGGUAUUGAAGAUGCCUUUGAGGUGAGUGUUGGUGCUAGUCUACACAUCCCUUCUUAGGGGUGCAAUUUAUUAAUGUCAUUUUGUACGUUAAGUUACAUGUUGGCCGUUAUUUAAGAGCUGUUGAUUGUGGUUUAUACCAAGAGGACUGUACUUCAUAGCAUAUUUUACUCAACCAUCCCUCAGAAGUUAACAUUUUUCCUCCUUUAAACCUUUGCAUCCUUGUUUCUUGAUUACAGGUCCAGGGAGAGAUCCAGGAAAUCGUGAAGACUGGACUCUGGGUUGGAGACUGCUUCAUCUACACCAGCUCUGUGAACAGGCUCAACUACUUUGUAGGAGGAGAGAUUGUCACUAUUGCCCAUCUGGACAGGUACAAACACAAAAAGGAUGGCUUGAAUAUAAGUGAUCAGGUGCUUUAUAAGUGUGUUUGAUGCUUGCUCUAGAGGAUACUAGAUCUGUUUCAACUCUUUUCAUCUCUUUGCAGAACAAUGUACCUGCUGGGUUACAUACCCAAAGAUGACCGCCUGUAUCUGGGAGACAAGGAGCUCAACAUUGUCAGCUACUCCCUGCUGGUGUCUGUCCUUGAGUACCAGACUGCUGUCAUGAGAAGGGACUUUGGGAUGGCCGACAAGGUGCUACCCACAAUUCCGAAAGAGCAGCGGACCAGGGUGGCUCAUUUUCUGGAGAAACAGGUUAGAAAAUACAGCGGAACUUCAAACCCUUUAAAGUAAACAAGAAGGAGUGUCAUAUUUUUUUCUCCUUAAUGUUCUCAGGGAUGUAUAUACAAGCUUGAAUCAUGUUGAUUAAAGUUGCUUCUUUGUCUUAUCAGGGUUUCAAACAGCAGGCUUUAGCCGUUUCCACAGAUCCAGAGCACAGGUUUGAGCUUGCAUUACAACUUGGGGAGUUGAAGAUUGCCUACCAGCUGGCCGUCGAAGCUGAGGUAAGAGAUUGCUUGCUGGCUCUUCUAUAUCAUAUCUCAUUUUCCUCAAACAUGACCAGAGAACUUCGAAAGGUAUUUUUGAAUCUUUUUCCUGCACAUUUGUAACCCUUUUUUUAUUGUAACCUCUGCAGUCGGAACAAAAGUGGAAGCAGUUAGCCGAGCUGGCUAUCAGUAAAUGCCAAUUCGGCUUGGCCCAGGAGUGCCUGCACCACGCCCAGGACUACGGAGGCUUGCUGCUUCUUGCCACAGCCUCUGGUAAUGCCACUAUGGUGGGCAAGCUCGCCGAGGGGGCAGAGAGGGACGGCAAGAACAACGUGGCCUUCAUGACCUACUUCUUACAGGGGAAGUGAGUACUGGGAGACUGCGUUGGUAGUGACAAUAGAGGGGUCAUAAGGGAACAGAUAUGUAUGGAUCAGUUGCAGUAUGUGUUGAACUUUGUAAUUUUUCCAUAUUUCCUUUCCUCCACAGGCUGGAUCAGUGUUUGGAGCUCCUGAUCAGGACGAACCGAUUACCUGAGGCAGCUUUCCUGGCUCGCACUUACCUGCCCAGUCAGGUGUCCCGUGUAGUUAAACUAUGGAGAGAGAACCUGGCAAAGGUUAACCAGAAGGUCAGUUAUUGUGUGCUAAUAAUGAGAGGGGGGAGGCAUGUUUUUUAUCACAAUAAAAAAACAAUCUUUCUGUGUUUUUGUUAUUCAUAACAUACUGUAUCUUCCUUCCAGGCAGCUGAGUCUCUAGCAGACCCCACAGAGUAUGAGAAUCUGUUCCCAGGGCUGAGAGAAGCCUUUGCAGCUGAGCAUUACCUGCGUGAAUCCUGCUUAGGAACCACCAGGCCUGCCACAGAUUAUCCUCUUGUUACGGUAAAUUGUUGACAUUUAGAAAUGCUGCACAGGAAACAUUUUUAGAGUUGUAUCUCAAUCAUUUUUCUUGUAUUUGAACGAUUCCCCCCUGUAUUUUUUCAGCUCAAUGAAGACAGGAAUAUUCUUGAGGAGGCUCAGGGAUAUGAGCCCAAGGGAACCUUCACUCCUCUUGUUGCCAAGGUUUGUUGGAUUAUCCCUCCAUUUUUAUUUCAACAACUUUUGCUAUUUUUCACUAGGGUUCCAGAAAACUAAAAGACCACAACUUAAGUGUACUCAAAACUGUAACUCACACUACCUUGACUUUUUUCCUGACAGACUCAAGAUAACGAGGAGUCUGUGGCGGCAGCUGUUGUUGCUGCAGCACCAGCCGCAGCUGUGGCGUUUUCACAGCCUGAGCCCGCUGCUCCUACAUCAGUGGACAAAGAGGAGGAGGAGGAGGAGGAGGAGGAAGAAGAAGAAGAAGAGGAAGAGGAAGAACAGGAGGAAGAUGCUGCACAGUCACAGAAAGAUAAGGUCUGUGAUUACUUCUUGAUUUUGGGCAUGUUUUUCACCAAUAUGAAACAAUACAUAAAAGAUUUUCAGGCAUACAGUGGUUAUAGUUACAUCAUUCACACAAUAGAAGAGCUCAAAUGUUUUUGAUUUCAGUUUAAAUUUACAUUACAACCUGUUACAAUAUGAGUGUAAAUGUUCUCAGCUUUACUUGUGUUACACAGUUGACAAUAGUUAGAUUUCAAAUGUCACUUAAUUUUUGAAUUGAAACACUGUUCAAAGAUAAAACCCAAAUUUAUCCAUUGAUUUAUUUUCCUGCUAAAAACUUGAUGUGCUGUAUGUGUACAUGUAGGUUCUGGAUGAGCUGGAGGUCGACUUGGACAACAUGGAGCUGGAUGACAUUGAUACCACAGACGUCAACCUGGAUGAUGACUUUCUAGAUGAUUAA